AUGCUUACGUCUGCUUGUAGCAAACGCAAAGGACUAGAAAAAGCAUUCCACCAAAUAGAGGAGGCGAUCAAACGCCCCAAGACUGAUGCCGCUCGAAAACUUAUUUCAGACCUGCAAGAUCUCCUUAGCGGGACACAAGGGCAUUCUGCACGGAGUGAGGUCGAGGAGAUAUCAAAUGACCCUGACCGGUCACAUAGGAGAUCUCCUCCGCAAGGUGCCGCUGCUGGGGACAGUCUAGCCUUGGAUGACGCGGAGAAUCCAUUGCAACUUCUCGCCAGAGCAUCUGACCUCCAAUUUUCGCCCGCCGAAUGCCGUGACGCACUCAGAUUGUCCACUCCAUCUGUGUCACAAUCGUCUCUCAGACCGCAUAGUAGCCCCAACGAGGACUUGCCAAAUGCCAGGUCUUUUUUCGUCCCAGUCAGGGCGAACCUAGACCUCGGCCCGGACAUGGACCCUAUCGAACUGGGCCUGAUUACUUUGCAUGAGGCAGAAUUACUUUUUUCUUUCUUCUACGAGUAUUUGGCCCACACGAGGUGGGGCCUGGAUCCGACUGUGCAUACUGUGUCGUUCGUACGCUCGCAGUCGGCCUUUCUUUUCACUUCAAUGCUGGCUGCAGCUGCCCGGUUUCACCCAUCUGCAGCCGCCUUAUCCAAAAGACUAACGAGGCACUGUACAUCACUGGCUUAUAAGGUCAUUGCUCAGCGUUAUCGAUCAGUGGAAAUUGUUUUGGCCUUCAUGGUAAACGUUCCAUGGAUGGCCCCAGGGAGCAGUUCUGGCGAUGAUGACACAUGCUCCUAUAUUGCAAUGGCUUUGACUGUUGCGUUGGACCUUUCUCUCAACAAGAUAGUGACACCCGCAACUGGCUUUGAUAGUACUCUCCAGAACAGGCUUGCGAAGACUGAUUGCAUUGAUGCAAAGAGAGCCUUGCACAUGGAUGGAUUCGAAGCUGUUGAUCCGGCCUCGGAAUGGGGCCGAAGAUUGUUACGUAGACGCGAGAGGACUUGGAUCGCGUUAUUCGUCCUCGAGCGUGGUGUCUGUUUGGCCCGUGGACGAAGCUAUACAGUUCCCCCGACUGCUCUCAUCGAGAAUUGUGACAGAUGGCAUAUCUCUGAUAUUGCCGAUUCUCGGGAUGGGCCGAUGAACUCCAUGGCAGUUCUCCGGAGGAAUCUAGAUGAACUUCUGAAAAAAGUAAAAUCGCGUUGCGACAGUUGCCGACUUGGGGACAUCGGAUCUGAAGCUGCUCAGUCGAUCAAGAAACUCAUUGAAGACUUCUAUGAUCAAUGGUACGCGGCUUGGGCUCUUGAGAUUGGUGGACCCUCCCGCUGCCUUCCGCCGUAUGUCGAGAUAUUGGUAACACACACGCAACUGUCUACAUAUGGUGGUGUGAUCAAUCAUCCCACUGCACCACUCGAAGUCAAGCGAUUUUUUCGCGCCGCUGGCCUCUCUUCUGCGUUGAAUGUCAUGCGGGCAGCCAUUCAAGGAGAGUCGAGGCUAAAGUCCAUGCCCAACAAUACAGUGAUCAUGAUCGCCUUCGCUGCAUGUUCUGCCCUUAGCCUCAGUGUGACGCCCGUGGACAGCAGGUCCAACUUGGCACCAAGCGUGCGACACUUGAUUGAGGAAACGGCUGAUGUCCUCGAACGGAUUGGGGCCAUCCCAGCUCACAGAGAAGAUUCCUCUACGCUAUGGCCAGAGACGCUACAAUUCUCCGCGAUGUCUGAUCACCAAAUUAUCGAUGCAGUGAACAGGGCUGACUCGGCAUUCGGCAUGAAUAUUCCUGACGUCCCACUGGAUGAUCUGAUGAACUGGGAUUGUGUUGAGCGUGAUUGUGAUGUUGUGGGUCUCGACCUCCUGUCGGCGCCCAGAAGUAGCUCCGAUUGCCGGACGACACUUGCACCCAAGAUUGAGCGAGGCGCUUCAAAAUUAUUCAGAGAUGCAGAUGAGGCUGUUGCUGACCUCAAAAGCGGUUCUACAAUCCUGAGCUCUGGAUUUGGCCUUUGCGGUGUCGCAGAUACGCUUUUAUCGGCUAUUAAUCGUAGAGGAGUUGAAAAUCUGCAUUCCCUCACAGCAGUUUCGAACAACGCUGGCGCUCCUGGAAGAGGAGGACUUUCUACACUUACUCAAGCUGGACAAGUAGAUCGGUUGAUCCUAUCAUAUCUGGGGAACAACAAGGCUUUGGAGAAGAAGUAUUUGACGGGGAAGAUCGCUAUUGAGCUGUGUCCCCAAGGAACAUUAGCCGAGCGAUUACGUGCCGGAGGAGCUGGGAUUCCGGCAUUCUUCACUCCUACGGGGGCGCACACGUUACUCCAAGCGGGAGAAAUACCCGUCCGGCUAGAUGAGUCUGGGAAAGUAUUGGAGCGUGGUACACCACGAGAGACGAGGAUAUUCAAUGGCAAAACGUAUUUGAUGGAGACAGCCCUCACUGGUGAUGUGGCUAUCCUUCGUGCUUGGAAAGCAGAUGAAGCAGGAAACUGUGUUUUCAGGUAUACAACGAAGGCAUUUGGUCCGGUCAUGGCGAAAGCUGCCACUCUUACUAUAGUGGAGGCGGAAAACAUUGUCCCGGUCGGGUCCAUCGACCCUAAUGAUGUCGACCUGCCGGGCAUUUUUGUGGAUAGAGUUGUUCCUGCCACGGCAGAGAAGCAUAUCGAAAUCAAGAAAUUACGGACUCGCGAGAAUGAGGAUGCGGGUAAGUUCUCAAGCGAUCCUGCCGUGGUUCAGAGAAACCGCAUUGCCCGGAGAGCUGCGAAGGAACUAAAGCAAGGAUAUUACGUUAAUCUGGGUGUUGGAAUUCCCACACUGGCUCCGUCAUUUUUACCAGAAGGUAUGAAAGUUUGGGUGCAGUCAGAAAAUGGUAUUCUCGGCAUGGGACCGUAUCCUACUGAAGACGAAGUGGACCCGGACAUCAUCAACGCUGGGAAAGAGACCGUCACCCUUAUGCCAGGCGCAGCUACGUUCGAUAGCACUGAAUCGUUCGGCAUGAUUCGGGGCGGACAUGUUGAUGUAUCCAUCCUCGGGGCCCUGCAAGUGAGCGCCAACGGCGAUCUAGCGAACUACAUGAUUCCCGGAAAGAUCUUCAAGGGAAUGGGAGGAGCUAUGGACUUGAUCUCCAAUCCAGACCAAACUAAGAUCGUUGUCGCCACCAGCCAUACUGCCAAGGACGGAUCACCCAAGGUCGUCGCCGAAUGUAGCCUGCCUUUGACAGGCGCCAACUGCGUCAGUACAAUCAUCACGGAACUGUGUGUUUUCCAGGUUAAUCGAAGUAAAGGGGAGCUUCUGCUGACGGAGCUCGCCCCAGGGGUAGAAGUUGAGGAAGUCCGAAACAAAACAGGGGCGAACUUUGCUGUUGCAGAGCAAUUGGAGAUCAUGGAAUGA